AUGAAAAGAUCCCCUUACUCGGAUCCCGGGCCGGGGCAGCCUCAGCCUCCAGGUUACCCUCAAGGCCAAGCUCAAACUCAGUCUCAGGUGGCUGGCCCAGCGACAUCCCACACGCCGGACGCUCAGCAACAACAAAAACCUAGUCUAGAGCUGGAGCAGUGGAACCUCGUGCUCGACACGAUCCGCUCAAACCUCAACCUCAUCGUCGGCACGUGGGGCCGGCGGAGCAGACAGUACGACGAGGCCCGGGGCGUCAUGCUGGCUUAUUUGGAGGAUAAUCUGGGGAGGAUGAGAACCACUAGCGGUGGUGAGGCAAUGGCAUUGGAGACCGCAGGCGAAGGCGGGAGAGCAGGGAAUGGGCAUGGUGGCACAGGAGGCGGACGAGACGUCGAAAUGAGGGCCACGGUGGAGAGGUCGAUCGAGGAGUUGAUGGGCGAGCUCAAGAUAUGA